AUGAAGGAAGUGGUUUUGUGUGGAUUAUUCAUCCUUUUCCUGGAUGCAGUCUUGUGGUGGGCACUAUGGGCCGGACUGCUGCUCCUGAGGUUCUCCGGCUGUGGGGGACUGGCAGGAGUGUGGGCCUUUGGGGCAGUAAAGUGGAUCAUUCUCCACGUCUUCACCUCUUUACUGACUGAUGGAAAGCCCCAGGUUGAGCUUCGCCGGCUGGUUGCCCUCCUGUGCCUUCUCACGCCUGUGCUCGAGAGUGGACGGAUGGUGAUGGCCCCACCGUCAGGGACUUACACGGGACCACCUCCUGACUUCAGCAUGCUGCUGCUGGGCCUAAUGGCUGCAUCACUGGCAUGUGUAGUUUGGGAAAAAGGCCUCUGUGGCACUGGAAAGAUGACAAAGGAAAAAAGCAAACAGGAUGCCAGGCGGUUGCUAAUGAGGGUUUUAAAAUACUUCAGACCAGAUUCCCUUUACCUGAUUGCAGCUUUCAGUUUCCUCAUCCUGGGAGUCAUCUGUGAUACAUAUAUCCCACUUUAUCAGGGGAGGGUCAUUGAUAUGCUAAGAGGUCAAGCGUUUCAAAUCAACUGCUAUUAUGCUGUCGGACAGCUGGCGCUCAUUUCCUUUGGAAGCGCUUUGUUCUCUGGGAUGCGAGGAGGCAUAUUUAUGUGUGCACUGUGCAGACUGAACAAGAGGCUGAAACAUUUGCUGUUCUACUCCCUCCUGCAGCAGGAAGUGCAAUUCUUUGAGGAGAACAACCCUGGACGUCUUUCUUCCCGCCUGCACUCUGACGUGGACAGGAUGGGACGCACAGUAGCACUGAAUGCCAACGUACUGGUUCGCAGCACUGUCAAAACCUGCCUCAUGCUCCAUGUAAUGUUGGGUCUGUCGUGGAAUCUCACUGUGCUCACCUGCUUAGAGAUGCCGCUCUUGGCAUUAAUUCAGAACAAAUACAUCACACUGAGCAAGGAGCUGAAAGAUAAAAUUCAGGACUGUCACGCUAAGAACAAAGACCUGGCUUUUCAAGCAGUCAGUGGGAUCAGGACAGUCCAUAGUUAUAGAGGACAGGAAAAUGAACUGAGGAGAUACAAUGAGGCUCUGGACCAGCUGUGCAAGAUCAACAGACAAUCAAGAAUUUACAGCACAGUCUUCUGCUUAUUUCGGAGGAUGGUGUCUGUGGGGAUAAAGAUUCUCAUGCUGUUGCAGGCUCGCAGCCUCAUUUUGUCUGGUCACCUCAGCAUUGGUAGUCUUGUUUCCUUUUUUUUGUAUCAGAAGCCCAUGUCAGUCAAUUUAAGGGAAAUUAUGUAUGCUUAUGGAGACACAGCGUCCACAGUUGGAGUCAUCUCCAAAGUAUUCAGCUACCUUGACAGGACACCAAAGUGUAAGAAGGCGGGAGUGUUGGCUCCUGAGAAACUGCAGGGAAGGGUUGUCUUCCAAAACGUCACCUUCACGUAUCCCUCAGAAGAUAAACCAGCUUUGAAGUCUGUUUCUAUAGAGCUGAAGCCAGGAAAGAUGACGGCGCUGGUGGGUCCCUCUGGCAGUGGAAAGACUUCCUGCGUCAGUCUCCUGCAGAGGCUUUAUGAACCUCAGGAGGGACAGAUUCUGCUUGAUGGAGAACCGCUGCACCAUUAUGAGCACAAAUACCUCCAUCAAAAGGUGGCCCUAGUUUCCCAGAAUCCUGUUCUGUUUUCUGGUACACUGAAGUACAACAUUGAGUAUGGCCUGAAGGACUGCUCCUAUGAGAAGUUGCGGGAAACUGCAAAGAGGGCCAACGCAGAUGAAUACAUCUCUGAAUUAGAGAAUGGAUACCACACGGAUAUAGGGGAGUGUGGUAAGAAGCUUUCAGAAGGACAGAUGCAGUGCAUUUCCAUAAUCAGAGCUCUGGUUCGAGAUCCGCAGGUCAUUAUACUGGAUGAGGCGACCAGCAAACUGGAUGUUGAAGCACAGCAUACUGUCCUUCAGGAGGUUCUGAGCUGUGGCCGGACUGUGUUGGUGGUGGCCCAUCAACUGAAGACUGUGGAGAAGGCAGACCACAUCAUCUGUAUAGAGAAGGGAGAAGUUGUGGAAGAGGGCACACACCAAGAACUGAUGGCUAAGAGAGGACGCUACUAUCGUCUAAAGGAGGAGCUGUUCUCAAAGAAAAGCUGA